AAUGGAUCCACAGAGAUAUACAUAGUAGCUACCACCGGCAGUGAGAAAACCCUUUUUGUGCUAUCUUUGAUCCAUCUCUGGAAUGAGCAUGAAAAUGUCUGCAUUGAGCAGCUCCCAAUUACACCUCUUGAAAUGCACCACUACCACUCUAGCAUAUUCAACCUUCUCAGCAAACCCUUCAUCUCGAUUUCUCCACCCCAUCUCCUCGUCACAACAAAAUCACCCUCCUUCAUAUCCAACCGUAUCAUCCGCAUCUUUACCUACUAGAAGAUGCAACAUUGGAAAAGCCAGUGUUAAAUCCCUUGAUCAAAAGCCAUCCACCACCUCUGAGGAUGGAAAUGGGAAUCACUCAUCGAGGUUUCUAAUAGUGGGAGCUGUUUCUGUAGGAGUGGCUAUGUUGCUGAUGGGGAUUGAUGAUCAGCACAAGGCAAUGGCUUUGGGACCAGAAGGGCCACUGAUGGAAGAGUUUUGGGACAAUGUAAGGAGAUAUGCAUUGUAUGCUCUCACUGUGAGUACAGGUGCUCUCUACACCGUCUUCCAACCUAUAUACGAGUUGUUGAAGAAUCCCAUCUCUGCUAUUCUCGUUUUGGUCAUUUUAGGGGGAGGUUUCUUCAUUCUUACCCAAGUCGUUUCAGCCAUGAUUGGUGACACAGACUUCAGUUAUCAAUACCAAUACUAAUCAGUUUCAAGUAUUUAAUCUGAUGAUGAAGCAGAGGUAGAGGGACUUUUUGUAUCCAUCUAGUUAUAGAUAGAUAUCAAGUUUACUUCUAUAUAUUACGGUUGAAGUUGUAUAGAAGCAAAUUAAGAGCAGCAUGUCAAGGUUUCUUCCUUGUCUUAUGAUCUUAUCAAUAAUUCAGAGGAAUCAUGAGCUCUUCAUAUCUCUAA